GACACGAUGUUUCUUGACAGUAAAGCUUGAGCGUUAGACAAUUUUUUUUUCUUAUUAAAAAUAUUAUAAAGUAUAUAAUAACAUCAUUAAAAUUGUUUAGGUACAAAUUAGUCAAAAUAUAUUGAAUAAAAAAAAAUAGGUUAUAAGAUGGUGGAAGAUUCGAAUGAUGUACUAAAUGGCGAAAAUGCACCGCCUAAAUCUGCUAAGCAGUUGGAAAAAGAGGCUAAGAAACUUGCGAAAUUAGAAAAAUUUAAACAAAAGCAAGAAAAAAAAGAAACAAAUGUUACAGCAAGUACAAAAUCAAAAGAAAAAGCUGAGAAAAGUGAGAAGAAAAAAGAACCAAAAGAAUCUGCAGUCUAUUCGAUAAAUACUCCUGCUGGAGAAAAGAAAGAUAUAUCAGUGCCUAUUCCUGAUGCUUAUAGUCCUCAGUAUGUCGAAGCCGCGUGGUAUUCAUGGUGGGAAAAGGAAGGAUUUUUUAAGCCUGAAUAUGGAAGAAAAUCGAUAUCAGAACCUAAUCCAAAAGGACAAUUUGUAAUGGUAAUUCCACCACCGAAUGUUACUGGAUUCCUACAUUUAGGUCAUGCUUUAACAAGUGCUGUUGAAGAUGCAAUUGUCAGAUGGAAUCGAAUGAAAGGUCGUACAACUCUUUGGAAUCCUGGCUGUGAUCAUGCAGGUAUUGCAACUCAAGUGGUGGUAGAAAAAAAAUUAUGGCGAGAAGAGAAAAAAACUCGUCAUGAUAUUGGCCGUGAAAAAUUUGUAGAAAAAAUUUGGGAAUGGAAAAAUGAAAAAGGACAUCGCAUUUAUGAACAAUUGAAAAAACUUGGUGGAUCAAUGGAUUGGGAUCGUGCAUGUUUUACAAUGGAUCCAAAGCUAUGUCGUGCUGUGACAGAAGCAUUUGUUCGUAUGCACGAUGAAGGCAUUAUUUAUCGUAGCAAUAGGCUAGUGAAUUGGUCAUGCACACUUAAAAGUGCUAUUUCUGAUAUAGAAGUGGAAAAAAUGGAACUAACUGGUAAAACUUUGCUGUCAAUUCCGGGUUAUCAAGAGAAAGUAGAGUUUGGAGUGUUGGUUUUCUUUAAUUACGAAGUAGAAAACUCUGACGAAAAGAUAACUGUUGCAACAACUCGUAUAGAAACAAUGCUGGGAGAUACUGGAAUUGCUGUUCAUCCCCAAGAUAAAAGAUACACUCAUUUAAUUGGAAAAUUUGUAAUCCAUCCAUUUUGUAAUCGAAAACUUCCAAUUGUUGCUGAUGAUUUUGUCGAUAUGGAAUUUGGUACAGGAGCGGUUAAAAUAACGCCCACCCAUGAUCACAAUGAUUAUGAAGUAGGUAAACGGCACAAUCUUGCUUUUAUAACAAUUUUGGAUGAGGAGGGAAAUAUAUGCGGUGAUUGUGGACAAUUCACUGGCAUGAAACGAUUCUCAGCACGUAAAGCAUUGUUGAAUGUCUUGAAAGAAAAGGGUCUUUUAGUGGAUAUUAAAGAUAAUCCAAUGGUGGUGCCAAUUUGUAGUCGAUCCAAAGAUGUUGUGGAGCCACUGAUAAAACCUCAAUGGUAUAUAAAAUGUGAUGAAAUGGCUUUGAAAGCGAUCAAUGUUGUAAAAAAUAAUGAAUUGAAAAUUAUUCCUGAACAACACAAGAAGACUUGGUAUCAUUGGAUGGAGGGAAUAAGAGAUUGGUGUAUUUCACGACAGCUUUGGUGGGGUCAUCGAAUUCCUGCGUACUAUGUAAAGUUUUGUGAUGAAUCUUUGACUCCAAAAGGCAUUUCUGACGAUGAAUUCUGGAUCAGUGGACGCACUGAAGCUGAAGCGAAAGAGAAAGCAAUCAAGAAGUUUAAGGUAUCUUCUGAUAAAAUUAAGUUAGAACAAGAUCCUGAUGUAUUAGAUACUUGGUUUUCAUCGGCUUUGUUUCCAUUCUCUAUCUUUGGAUGGCCUGAAGAAUCAGAAGAACUUAAAGUCUUCUAUCCAGGAACUUUAUUGGAAACUGGACAUGACAUUUUGUUCUUCUGGGUUGCUCGGAUGGUUUUCUUUGGUCAAAAACUUAUGGGAAAGCUUCCUUUCAAGGAAGUAUAUCUUCAUGCAAUGGUCCGUGAUGCUCACGGUAGAAAAAUGAGCAAAUCAUUGGGAAAUGUAAUUGAUCCAAUGGAUGUCAUCAGAGGAAUUUCGUUGGAAGAUCUUCAUAAACAACUAAAGGAAUCCAAUCUCGAUGCCAAAGAGCUGCAACAUGCGAUUGAAGGUCAGAAAAGAGAUUACCCUCAGGGAAUUCCUGAAUGUGGAACUGAUGCCUUGAGGUUUGCACUUUGUGCUUAUACUUCCCAAGGACGAGACAUCAAUCUGGAUAUUUUAAGAGUGCAGGGUUACAGAUUUUUCUGUAAUAAGCUUUGGAAUGCAACUAAAUUUGCUCUCAUGUAUUUAGGAGACUUUAAAUAUGAAGGUGAAACAAAGAAGAUCAUAAGAAACAGUCAAAUUGUUGGAGAUAAAGACUGGUACUUGAAGACCUUAAGUGAGAACUGUAUUCAAGAUGCAUUAAAUGACUAUCUUUCUGAAUACCCAUAUCUCGGAGGUUAUAUUCCAUCGCAGUCAGACAGUAAAAUAUCAGAAUUCUUGAAUGAUCUUAAUAUUAAUUUUUCACAUCUUCCACAUCUUAAAAGAUGGUGGGAGCAUAUCGAAAGCUUCAGCAGAUCCGAAAAAUCUCGUUUCCGAGCGUCAGAAAAUGAAGAUAUUUUCUCACAAUGUUCAUCUUUGAGAUCUUCUUCUUCUUCUUCGCGGCUAUCUUCGAAUCUUUCUUGCGGAUUUCAGCUGACUGAAAAUGAGUCAAAAAUCGAUCUUUGGAUGCUCUCACGAGUGAGUUAUGCUGCUAAAGUUUGUGAUAAAGCACUUGCUCAAUACGAUUUUAAUGCAGCCACUACAGUAUGUUACAAUCUUUGGCUUUAUGAUUUAUGUGAUGUUUAUUUGGAAUAUUUAAAACCAGUGUUCCAAAGUGGAUCUAAUGAACAAAUAAAUGCAGCUAAAAGAGUGUUAUUUAAAACUCUUGACAUUGGAUUGAGAUUAUUAAGUCCUUUCAUGCCAUUUAUCACGGAAGAGCUUUAUCAACGGUUACCUAGAAUAAAAUUAGAAUAUCCUAGCAUUUGUAUCAGUCCUUAUCCUGAUGCUCAAGAGUGUAUUUGGAGAAAUGAAGAAAUUGAAAAAGAUAUUGACUUUGCUCAAAAAAUUGUCAAAAGCAUCAGAUCAGUACGAUCAGCGUACACACUGCCGAAUAAAGUUAAUACAGAUGCGUUUAUCGAAUGCUCAGAGGAGAAUUUGAAGACCAAAUUAAAGCCUUAUUACACUUUCAUCGAAACUCUAGCUCAUUCUAAAAUUAUUGAGAGUGCAGCUCCUGUUGGGUGUGCGAUUCUAACAAUUACUGAUAAAGUUCAAGUUCACUUACUGUUAAAAGGGCUCAUUGAUCCUCAAAAAGAACUUGAGAAACUUAGUAAGAAAGAAGAACAACUCGUAGGUGUUAUUCAGAAGCUCAAACAGUCAAUGGCUACUGAUGAUUACGCUAGUAAAGUUCCGAUUGAUGUUCAGAAGAGUAAUACUGAAAAAUUAAAAAAUAGUGAAGGUGAGUUACAAUGUCUCACCGAAGCUAUACAAUCUUUAAGAUUGAUGAUAUGAAGAUUUAGGCAAAGUAAUUAAUGCAUAAUUGAUUGAAAUUAACUGCAAAAUCAUUUCAGAAUAAUACUAAGAUUAUCAAUUGAUCAAUUUUUUAGCAAUUUUUUCUGUACAUGAAAUAUAUUUAUUUAAACUAUACAAAAUAAACAUUUAU